GGUUUUAUCGGCGCAUUAAAGGCGCUGGGCCCUUUUCGCCUGAGCCGCGGGUAGGGGCCGUGCACAGGCACAAAUAAACUCUGCUUAAAACUUUCUUAAGUGAAAGUUCAUACUUGCACUCAUUUCAUUCGCUUGUUUUAAGCGUGUGAAGUUUUUGUUUUGUUUUUAGCAAACCACACAAAGUCACUAGCCAAGAUGAUUGAUACACCCGCAGCCCCAGGAGCUCUGCCCUUUGCGGUGCAGCUCAAGGCUUUGAUGGAUCAGGAAGGUCGAUACCAGCCAAAACUCGGAGGCCUGAGAUGUUUGGAGAGCGCGCAGGACAACGGGCUCCGAAUGACCACCAAACUGCGAGAGCUGGAGGUGAGGGACCUGCUGUCUCUGACCAGGUUCUUUGGCUUCAGCUCCGAGACGUUCUCCCUGGCCAUCAGUGUCCUGGAUCGAUUUCUGUCAGUCAUGAAGAUUCAGCCCAAACACCUGUCCUGCGUGGGCUUGUGCUGCUUCUACAUCGCUGUGAAGUCGUCUGAAGAGGAGAAGAACGUGCCACUUGCCACUGACCUGAUCCGCAUCACCCAGAGCCGCUUCACGGUGUCUGACAUGAUGAGGAUGGAGAAGAUCAUCAUGGAGAAGCUGCACUGGAAGGUGAAGGCCCCCACGACACUGCGCUUCCUCCGCCUUUUUUACCGCCACCUCCAGGAACGGCUCCCCCAUGAGAGUGAGAAGACCCUGAGCAUUGAACGACUGGAGGCUCAGCUGAAGGCCUGUCACUGCUCAUUUGUUUUCACCAAAAUGAAGCCGUCUCUGCUGGCUCUCGCUCUGCUCAGCUUUGAACUGCGAGAGCAACAUGAUCCCGAGUGCAGUGACCAAAUAUCUGCUGCCCUCUCAGCCAUUCAGACUCAGCUUUAUAUCAAGGAUGGUGAUCUGGUUUGCGUGAGAGAGCUGGUCGGGAAGUGCCUGGCUGAAUAUGCCACCGCCAAGUGCUCCAGGCCAAACGGUCAAAGACUUCGCUGGACCAUUUCUGGAAGAACGGCUCGUCAGCUCAAGCACAGCUACUACAAAAUCACUCACCUGCCGACCAUCCCAGAGUCGGCCAAUUAAAAUCUCUAAGAUCUUUGUAACUGGGUGACCUUGUCUAAAGUUUGUAAUUGGAUCAGUGUCAGUAAAAUAAACAUUUGGACCCCAAGGUCACCCGCCUGAUUCGACCUCAUUUUCUUUACAGAGGACCAUUAUAGAUGAUGGUUUUCUUUAAAGAAAAGCCAGACUCAUCUGUCGUAAAUCACUGUUCAUCUGCCCCAUCAACGAGGAGUAACGCUCUGUCUGCCUCGCGGCUUAGUUUUACUUUCAUGGUUGAGUUGCUUGCACAAGUGUACAGUGUGUUCUUAAAUCCGUACCAUGAUGUUUGGUAUUUGGGUUGCUGGUUUUAAGCAAUUAAGUAUAGAACCACCUAGGUCCUCAGUCCACUGUGUGGAAGAGGAGGGAGAAGGAUUUUGUGAACAUCAAAAAAUGGAACCAAGAAAUCGGGCCCAAAGUCCUUAACUCUCACCCUAGGUCGCUAACUGUGGUGAAUGCACACUCCUACCCAAGGUGAUCAUUUUAGUUCAUGGCGAGGAAGCUCUGGAUCUCUCCAGUGAAAAAGGCUAGUUAUGAUUCGUCAUUUCUAGCCUAUCAUAUUUGAAGCUGAAUGUCGGCUUUGCCAAGCAGUUACCGAUGAGCUGUUUUCACUGAUUUUUGAUUUGUAGACACAAGUAAAGCAUUGCUUUUGCUAAAUUAUUAGUUUACAAUUAGACAGAACACAAAGUGGUAAUCCAGUAGAAUAAUCGCUUGAAUAUUUGACUGUUCCCUGUGUUUUUUGUUUCUUUUUCUUGAUUUGUGUUCUCAAUUCAAAAUUGUACUUCAGCGCACCAUCUGGUAAACCUGUAUGCUUGUACCUUUCAAUAAAACAUUUAUUGAAAAGCCAAAA